AUGGCAUCACUUUCCGUCAAAUUCCUCUCUCCCUCGCCGACGAACUCCGGAAUCAGGUUCAGGAACGGCACCCGGGCUCAGGCGGCCACCCCGCCUCAGACGGUGGCACGCCCGCCGCCUUCCGUCGCGUCGGAGGUCGACGCCGGGAGGCUGGAGCCGAGAGUGGAGGAGAAGGGCGGGUACUUCGUGCUGAAGGAGAAGUUCAGGCAGGGGAUAAACCCUCAGGAGAAGUUGAAGAUCGAGAAGGAGCCGAUGAAAUUGUUCAUGGAGAAUGGAAUUGAGGAGCUCUCGAAAAUCCCGCUCGAGGAGAUCGAGCAAUCGAAGCUCGGCAAGGACGAUAUUGACGUCAGGCUCAAAUGGCUCGGCCUCUUUCACAGGAGAAAGCAUCAGUAUGGCCGGUUCAUGAUGAGGCUGAAGCUCCCGAACGGCAUCACAACAAGUGCCCAAACCCGAUACUUAGCCAGCAUCAUCCGGAAGUACGGCAAAGAUGGCUGUGCUGACAUCACCACCCGGCAAAACUGGCAGAUUCGUGGCGUGGUCUUGCCUGACGUGCCCGAGAUUCUAAACGGGCUCGAGAAAGUCGGGCUCACGAGCUUACAGAGUGGAAUGGACAAUGUAAGAAACCCGGUUGGGAACCCGCUUGCAGGUAUCGACCCGCACGAGAUAAUCGACACGAGGCCAUACAACAAUUUGCUGUCUCAGUACAUAACAGCAAAUUCGCGUGGCAAUCCUGCUUUUAGUAACUUGCCAAGAAAGUGGAAUGUGUGUGUGAUAGGUUCGCACGAUCUUUACGAACAUCCCCACAUCAAUGAUCUUGCUUACAUGCCGGCAAUGAAAAACAGCCGGUUCGGAUUUAAUCUUCUCGUGGGAGGGUUCUUCAGUGCCAAGAGAUGCGCCGAGGCAAUCCCUCUCGACGCGUGGGUCCCGGGAGAUGACAUACUUCCUGUCUGCGGAGCUAUACUCGAAACUUUCAGAGACCUCGGUUUUAGAGGAAACCGGCAGAAAACCAGAAUGAUGUGGCUUAUUGAUGAACUUGGCAUAGAAGGAUUUAGAGAUGAAGUGGUGAAAAGAAUGCCUCGACAGGAGCUCGACCGAGCAUCCCCCGAGGACUUAAUCGACAGCCAAUGGCAAAGAAGGGACUACUUUGGGGCCCACCCACAGAAGCAAUCGGGCCUCAGCUUCGUGGGGGCCCACGUGCCCGUGGGCCGACUCCAGGCGGACGACAUGGACGAGCUGGCCCGCGUGGCGGACGAGUACGGGUCGGGCGAGCUGCGCCUCACGGUCGAGCAGAACGUAAUCAUCCCCAACGUCAACACCUCCAGAAUCGAGGCCCUCCUGAACGAACCCAUACUAAAAGACCGUUUUACCCCUGAGCCUCCGAUCCUCAUGAAGGGGCUGGUGGCAUGCACGGGCAGCCAGUUCUGUGGGCAGGCCAUCAUCGAGACCAAGGCUCGGGCCCUGCGGGUGACCGAAGAGGUCCAACGGGCCGUGUCCGUCGAGAGGCCCGUGAGGAUGCACUGGACGGGCUGCCCGAAUUCGUGCGGGCAGGUCCAGGUGGCGGAUGUAGGGUUCAUGGGGUGCAUGACGAGGGACAAAAACGGGAAAUUGGUCGAGGGAGUCGAUGUUUUUCUCGGGGGAAGGGUCGGGAGCGACUCGAACUUGGGCGAGGUGUAUAAGAAAGGAGUGCCGUGCGAGGAUUUGGUGCCAUUGAUCGUUGAGUUGAUGAUCGAGAGGUUCGGGGCCGUACCGAGGGAGAGGGAAGAGAGUGAAGAAGAUUGA